AUGACCUUGCCUACACGCCUCCUCAUUCCUGCGAAACUCAUCUUCGAGGCGGCCAGCAAGGCCAACGUCAGGGCCGUUCUCUUUGGCGGUGCCGCCGUCAACCUCCAUGGGGCCAAACGCGAAACAAAAGAUAUCGACAUCAAUGUCACAUCCUUUAAAUUUCUGGACAGGCUUCCGGCCCCUCCGUUUGACCAUCGACCCGGGUCGGCUCCCACCCGUCGGCGGCUCACGUAUUAUCACCCCACGGAUGCCAUCAAGUGCGACCUGGCCAUCAACAGCACGUACCUCGUGGACGGCUUUUUAGAGAGGUACAGCGAAGUGACGGAGGACGGGGUGCGCUACGCCUCGGCCGACAUGCUCCUGGCGGACAAAAUCCGCACCUUCGGGCAGCGCCAUGCGCAGAACCCGAAGCGCGACUCUGACCUAGAGGACAUUGGGCACCUCCUUGGAGUUUUGCUAGACAAGAAUGGGAAGGUGCCAAGCGAGGUCAUGAAGGCCAUUCUCGACGAAAUGACGCUGAAGGCAUUUUGGACGGUCCUGCCGGGUGAGGAGCACGCCGUGUAUCGCGAUUUCUUGACAGAUGUGGGUAUCGUUAUACCUGAUGAGGUGUGCCUUUCAUUGCGUCCACUUGCUCGAGCAGCUAAUUGA